GGACGAUAUAGUUUUCUUUGCCGGGAUUUCACGCUGACGGAUUUUGGACGCUACUUCAACAUUGUUUAAAUGCUCAGACAAUAGACAUAGGUAAUAAAAUGGUAACAAUGGAUAAAGAACAUAUUGCAUGGAUGGAAAGAUCAUUUGACCUUGCAGAAGAGGCAUUAAAAUCAGGAGAGGUUCCUGUAGGAUGUUUGCUAGUGUAUGAUGGGAAGGAAAUUGCUGUAGGCAGGAAUGAAGUGAAUGAAACCAAAAAUGCCACAAGACAUGCUGAAAUAGUUGCCAUUGAUAAAGUUUUAAAAUACUCAGAAGAAAAUGAAUUGGAUUCCAAAGCAGUUUUUAGACAGUGUGUUCUAUAUGUGACAGUUGAACCCUGUAUUAUGUGUGCUGGAGCACUUAGACAAGUGGAAAUCCCCUUAGUUAUUUAUGGAUGUGCUAAUGAUAGAUUUGGUGGAUGUGGAUCCAUCUUGCCAGUUCAUAGUGCAGAGUUACCUUCCCUUGGACCAUCAUUACAAUGUAUAAGUAAUGUGAUGGCUGAACGAGCAAUACAGUUACUCAAAGACUUUUACAAGGGGGAAAAUCUGAAUGCCCCAGAAAAUAAACGUAAAGUUAAAAACAGUUAAACAAAAAAGUAGAUCAACAUAAAUAACAACAUGAACAAAAGACAUAUUUGUGAGCUUUGCUCUAAAUGCAUUAAAAUGAUUCUUAAUAAAUCAUUGAAAAUAUAUUUUUUUUAU